GAUCCUCUGAGAUUGUAAAACCUUUGUGUUAAUAAUUUGGGAAUAAAUUUGAAAAAUAAAAUUCGAGUAUUUGACAUAUUUCAUAUUUAGACGGCGACCAAAAGUCUCGAAACUGCUCACAUAUUUCUGUUCCUUCGUCACUUCCUCCCAUUUGCCUCAGGGUUUGAUUCUGGCUGCUUUUGUUGAAUUGGGGUGAAACUGAAGCAUUAUGGCGAGCUACUUAGGCAAAUCUGCACCAACUAAUGGGUGCAUCUAUGUUUGUAACCUACCUGAAGGGACUGAUAUUAACAUGAUGGCAGAAUUCUUUGGCACCAUUGGAUUGAUUAAGAAAGAUAAAAGAACCGGUCAACCAAAGAUAUGGUUAUAUCGUGAUAAAGUUACCAACGAACCAAAGGGUGAUGCCACUAUAACUUAUGAGGAUCCACAUGCUGCAGCAGCUGCUGUUGAAUGGUUCAACAAUAAGGAAUUUCACGGGAAUAUAAUUGGCGUUUUCAUAGCCGAGUCCAAAAACAAGGAUGAUACAGUGGAUGCAGGUGUACCUGUUGAUUUUGGCGGUCGUAAUGAAAGUGCUGUGGACUUAAAUGGGGGUGGUGGAAGAGGUAGAGGGAGGGGUGAUGCUUCUGGAAAAGCAUGGCAACAGGAUGGUGAUUGGAUGUGUCCAAAUACAAGUUGUUCCAAUGUCAACUUUGCUUUUCGUGGUGUUUGCAACCGAUGUGGAACAGCCAGGCCAGCUGGUAUCUCUUCUGGCGCAGGCGGUGGUGGUAGAGGUAGGGGUCGUGGAGCUGCUGAUGCUACUGGCCCUGGACGAGCUCCGGCUGGUCCAACUGGACUGUUUGGUCCAAAUGAUUGGCCCUGCCCCAUGUGUGGUAACAUCAACUGGGCAAAACGUAACAAGUGCAAUGUUUGCAACACUAAUAAACCUGGUCAGAAUGAGGGAGGUGUAAGGGGAGGGCGUGCUGGGGGCUAUAAGGAACUUGAUGAGGAAGAGCUAGAGGAGACAAAGAGGCGUCGACGUGAAGCUGCAGAAGAUGAUGGGGAGCUGUAUGAUGAGUUUGGUUAUCUCAAGAAGAAAUUUCGUGCAAAAACACAGCAAGCUGAGACAGGGAAGCCGCUUUCUGGAUCAGGACGUGCAGGGUGGGAAAGAGAACUAGGUGUAGCUGAUAGAGCUCGAGAGCGAAGCAGGGAUAGAGGGAGAAGUUAUGAUGACAGAGAGACGAGGAGUCGAGACCGUGAUAGUAGGGAUCAACGCCGGAGCAGAAGCAGGGAGAGAGAUAGGGGAAGGGAGUAUCGAGAUAGAGAUUACGAUUAUGACAGAGAUCGAAAUCGAGAUUACAGCAGAUAAAGGGAUCACUACAGACACCGACAAGAUUAUUAGUUGAUUGUUUAUGCUUUAAUUUUUAGUUCAUGAGCCACACAUUUGCUUCUUGAGGUGGCCUACGGCUGGUUUCUUAUGCCUUAGCUCGCUAUGGGUGAAAAUUUUCUUACGACAUUUGCUAAUUGGCUUGUAUGGUAUUUAAAAUAGUCUCCGUGAUGUGCAACCUAAAUGGACUUAUUUAAAUCACAUUGUCUUUGAUGAGUACGUUAAAUCUGUUAUCCUUCAUGAUAUCGGGAUAUCUUUUUGAGUUUUGAGGACCAUGUAAUCUGUAAGGAAAAAUUAAGAUCGA